AUGAGGCCAACAGAGCCUUCGGGCAACCCGCCGCGGCCGCCGGGUCUACCGGAGGGCCAGGAAAGACCACGUCUCGUCUCCAACGCCAAGCUGCGAAGCCUGAGCGAAGGCCCAGCAGAUGGACGAGCUUCCAGGGAUUUUGGCGAGGAGGACACCGAAGGAGCCGCUGCUCGGCCCGGGGCUCACAACAUCCUCGUGGCAGUGAGGUGCCGAGCGCUUCUCCCCCAGGAGCGAGUGACUGGAGGCCACGCCAUCAUCAGCAUCGCGAACCGCACCACGGUGAUCCUGGAGGACCCGCACACCACUGCGGCCGAUGACUAUUUACGUCUGAACAAGUCCAAGGAAAGGCGAUAUCACUUCGAUCAGGCUUGCGACGAGACCGCCCAGAACCUUGAGGUCUACGAGCGGACGACGCGCUUCCUGAUUCCCAGUGUCAUACAGGGAUUCAAUGCCACCGUCUUCGCUUAUGGCGCGACCAGUGCGGGUAAAACCCACACGAUGCUGGGUUAUCCAGGCGAGCCUGGCAUCAUGCUGCUGACGCUGCGUGAUCUUUUCAGCGAGGUGGCCAACCAGAAGGACAACAACCACUUCGAGAUCAAGUGCUCCUUCCUGGAGGUCUACAAUGAGAAUGUCAGGGAUCUCUUGCGCCCUGACGGAGACUUCCUGGACAUCCGAGAGGACCACGAGAUUCUGAUCAGACUUCGGGGAUUCUGGUGA